UCCUCCUCCCGGCGGUUCCGUUAUUUUAUACCCAGCAAACCGCCCACCUCUCCCUCUCCCUCGCCCGCGCGCCGCACGUCAACUCCAUUCCCUUCCUUCCCCUCCCGCCGCAGAUUGCUCCACCAAGUCAAGAUUGACGAUUGUUCGACGGAUCGAAUCAUGACGACGGACAAUGCAAGAAUCCCAAAGUCUUCGUCGUGGCCGAGGAGGACGAGGACGGCGGUGAGGAGGUGGCUGAGCCUCAAGAGCAACGCCGAGCCGUCCUUCCAUUCGGACUGCACCGGUGACAGGUCCGGCGUCGGCAGAGGAGGGCAGGAGCAGGGGAGGCGCAAGAGCUGCUCCGACAGGGACAGAGAUGGCAGCCGCCGGGGUCCGUCAGGUGCAGCAGCAGCAGCAGCAGCAGGGUGGUUGGUGGAGGAGGGCCGCGAGAAUCUGAUGCCGCCCCACCCGCGGUAUGGGCGGAGCUCGUCGUGGCGGCCUCCCAAGGAGCUCAGGGUGCUGGUGGGGACGUGGAACGUGGGCGGGAGAUCGCCGCACCAAGGGCUCGACCUCUCCGGCUGGCUCCUCGACCAACAUGACCAACAUGCCUCCUCCUCUCCUCACAUAUAUGUUCUCGGCUUCCAGGAAAUUGUGCCGCUGAAUGCUGGGAAUGUUCUCGGUUCGGAGGAUAGGGGCCCCGCUUCCAAGUGGCUUGGCCUUAUUGGUGAAGCCUUGAACCCUUCAUCCUUGGACGAAAGAAACGAUUGUCAUCGUAGUUACCGGUGUGCCACCGUCGAGGAUGCGAACCCUGAAAGCGGUCAUAAGGCCAAGGCCACCUUCCUGGAGAUACCGGUGAUGGACGAUACAGUAUCAGAGCCCGAGGAGGAGGACGAGGACGAGGACAGCGAGCCUUCGACGUCGAAUCCAGAGUCGAGCAGCGAGGAGGAGACGGGUGAGUUUGCGACGAUGAUGCGAGAGAGGGCGAGGCACGGGUACCGUCUGGCUGCCAGCAAGCAGAUGGUGGGCAUCUUCCUCUGCGUGUGGGUCCAGGCGGAUGUCAUGCCACGUGUCACCAGCCUCAGGGUCUCCUGCGUUGGCAGGGGCAUCAUGGGCUACAUGGGAAACAAGGGGUCCAUCUCGAUCAGCCUGACGCUGCAAGGUGGCAGCGAGGCGGCGGCGUCGACGAGCCUGUGCUUCGUGUGCACGCACCUGGCCUCCGGCGAGAAGGACGGCGACGAGGUUCGCCGGAACUGCGACGUCGCCGAGAUCCUCAAGCGCACGAGGUUCCCGCGCCCUCACCGGUUCUCCAGACUGCCGUCGUCGCCGGAGACCAUCUUGGAUCACGACAAGGUCAUCUGGCUCGGCGACCUGAACUACCGUCUGUCGUCCACGGGCGGCGGCGGCGGCGGCGGCGGCGACGGCGAGACGCGGGGGUUGCUGGAGCGGAACGAGUGGCGGGCGCUGCUGGAGAGGGACCAGCUGCGCGCGGAGCAGAGGGCCGGGCGCGUGUUCGGCGGCGGGUGGGAGGAAGGGGAGAUCCGGUUCCCGCCCACGUACAAGUACCUGGCCGAGUCCGACACCUACGCCAUGGCCGCCCUGACCUCCUCCUCCGCCGCCGCCGGGAGGCCGUCGCGGGAGAAGAAGAAGCGCACGCCCGCAUGGUGCGACCGCAUCCUGUGGCGGGGCGAGGGGAUGGAGCAGGCGUGGUACGAGCGCGGCGAGUCGCGCUUCUCCGACCACCGCCCCGUCAACUCCCUCUUCUCCAUCCGCCUGCGUCACCACCACGCCGACGACCACGGCAGCAGCAUGCAGCAGGCCACCGCUAACAAGGCGUGCUGCCGGCAGCCGCGCAGCGGCAGCGCGGUGAUCGAGGCCGAGGAGAUGCUGGUCGCGCCGCCGCGCCACUGCCGGUGCCUCCAGUCUUCCAGAUUCUGACACGUCGUGCAUACAGACACAGGUGGCCAUCAUCGACAGCAACGGCAGCGGCCUCAAAAGGUGGCCGGGCGCACGCGUGCCGGCGGGCUUUCGGGCGCUGGAACAGAGGCGAGCCCGGCCGGCCUGCCGAGGCCACGGAGCUGGCACCAAUUUUCACUCUGAGAGGAGAACAUUCUCCUCGGGAACGCGCAAGCUUUUCAGAAUGGAUGCCUUCUUCUUCUUCUUCAGAGGAAUCUUCUUCUUCUUUAGUAGAGUAGCCCGCUUCGUCUCAAAAUAACUGUCUCAACUUUAUACUAGCUUUAAUAUAAAAUUAUACUAAGCUUAAGAUGCUUAUUUUGAGACGGAGAAAGUAGUAAUUCCCCUUCGUGUCUAAAACUUGCAGUACUCCUGGAGUAGUUUAGGAUAGGAACUUAGGGAUGCAUUCUCUCUCUCUCUCUCUUCUCUAUUUUUUGAGACGUAGAUAAAGAACGAAAAACUGUGAUCUCGAAAUAUUCUUCGGUUCAUAAAUAUAUACCUAUAUAUAAGGA